GUCGGUCUAACUGAACCGUUCUCGUCCAAUUGGGUGGGUGUUGCAAAUAAUAUCAACUACACUCUUCCAUUCUACCAUCUAGCGGGCGGGUCUCUUGAUGUGUGCUUAAUGCUUCUCUCUAAUGGCGGACUAUCCUCUUACCUGAGACUGACAGUGCCCUCGUAGCUUCACUAACCAUGGCGGCGUUUUGUCAGCGCAACAGAAGAGACUUGUUUCAUCCUCGGCUCAAAGCCCUUAUUACGGCUACUCAGAAGUUCAAUCACACAUUGGCUGGAGGCGAUCCUCAGUUUGCGUCCACCACAAAGCUGGCUGCUCACUUUAAACCAGAGCCUGGCCAAGUUGAAUUAACGAAAUGGAGGAAGCUGGACUCAAGGACCUUUGGGAUAACUGGAUCAAUAAUACCAUCAUCUCCUUUGAUGGUUUUAAAGCUUCUCAAACAGAAAGGCUUUGAAGCUUACUUAGUUGGUGGAUGUGUUAGGGAUUUAAUACUCAACAGAAUACCAAAAGACUUCGAUGUGAUUACAACAGCUGGGCUUUGUCAGAUAAAGAAGCAAUUUCAUCGUGCUGUUAUUGUGGGCCGACGCUUUCCUAUAUGUAGGGUGCACAUAAGAGGGACAGUUGUGGAGGUAUCCAGUUUUGAUACUGUGUCGCAGCAAGUUGAAAAAAGUAAGAAUUCUUUUGUUCCUAAAAUGCCAAAGCGAUGUGAUGAGAAGGAUGUUUAUCGGUGGAGGAAUUCCAUGCAUAGAGACUUCACAAUAAACAGCUUAUUUUACGAUCCCUUUAGCAAUAUAAUCUAUGACUAUGCAAACGCAAUGGCGGAUCUAAAGUCCUUAAAGUUACAGACAUUGAUACCCGCUCUGUCGUCUUUCGAAGAGGAUUGUGCUAGAAUAUUGCGGGGCAUGAGACUUGCAGCUCGUCUUAACUUUUCAUUCUCAGUGGAGAUUGACACUGCCAUAAGGAAGCUGUCUCAAUCCAUCAAGAGUCUAAGCAAGUCCAGAUUAAUGAUGGAAGUUGGUUAUAUGCUUUCAUAUGGGGCUGCUGUUCCCUCCAUUAGCUUGCUUCAGAGAUAUAACUUGCUUGAAGUACUGCUACCAUUUCACGCAGCAUAUCUUUCUCAACAGGCCGUCAAACAAUCCAGUGAAACUAUCUUAAUGCUGAUGAAACUAUUUUCCAGUUUGGAUCAACUGGUAUCGUGCAAUAGACCUGCUCACGAUAGCUUGUGGGUUGCACUCUUGGCAUUUCACAUGUCGUUAGCCCAUAAUCCUGAGGACAUACUAGUGGUCCUGACUUUUGCCUCUGUGUUGUAUCAUGGAAAGUGGAGAGAAGGGGUUAAAUUUGCAAGAAAACACGCUAAAGCAGCAAUUUCAUAUGCACCUGAAAUUUCAGGCUCUGAUGGCGACGGUUUCAUGUCAGAAGAUGAUGUGCUUGCUGAAAGAGUCAAGAAUAUGGCAGUCCAAGUUCAAGCUUCUGCACAUGUGUUGAUUGAUGCAGAGAAGCUUAAAAAAAUGACAUUGAAUCUCUCUGGUUCUUCGUCCUCUUGUUUGGUAUUUAUAUCCAAGAACAUGGUGAAGACUGUCGUCGCAUUUCUUGAUAGUUUGGUGAAUGAUGUUACAUCUCUGGACACGAACAGAACUAAUCUACUAAUAGACUAUGAAACACUCGUUAAAGGACAUGUCUGUGAGACAAGGUUUGUCCUAGGUACUAUAAUUUUGGACACUUUAGGUUUAGGGGACGCUUUGGCUGAAUUGAGAAAAAACAGAUCUGAAAAGGUUGACAAGAAGAGGAAGGAGAGUUCCCAGAUCAGCGAAAACGACCAUAAAAUGAUACUGAGAAAGAAUAAUCAGGUUAAGGAUAUAAGGGGGUAUGAAAUAAUAGGCGAAGAUAGGGGUAAUUAUAACAUGAUAGGCCAUAAAAUAUCUGGAGAUGAAGAUACUGGUGAGGUACGGGGAAAAAGAAUGCAGAACUUUAAUGGUAAUGUUAGUAAGAAGGUUUCUAAAGACAUAAUAAGCCAUAAAAAAUCUGGAGAUGAAGAUGGUGGUGAAGAAUGGGAAAGAAGAAAGAUGGACUGCGAUAGUAGUGUUUUGGGAUCAGGUGAUAAAAAGGAGAAUUCCCAGAUCACCAGAGAAAAUGACCAUAAGAUGUUGCUUGGAAAGGUUAUGCCGGGUAAGGAUAUACCAAGAGAUAAAAUAAUAGGCGGAGAUAAGCCUAGUAAGAAGGUUUUAAAAAACAUGAAAAGUCAUAAAAGAUCUGGAGAUGGCGGCGGGAUACGUGAAAGAAGAAAGCAGAAUUUUGAUUUUAGUGUUUCAGGAUCAGGUGAAAAGGAUGAAAAGAAGAUGAAUGAUAAUUUCCAGAUCAGAGAUGACCAUAAGAUGUUACUGAGAAAGAAUGUGCUGUGUAAGGAUUUACUGGAGGAUGAGAUUUUUGGGAAAAAUAAGGUUAGUCAGAAGGUUAUUAGAAACACGGUAAAUCUUAAAAGAUCUGGAGAUGAAGAUGGUGGCGAGGUACGGGGAAGGAAGCAGGAUUUGAAUGGUAAUAUUUUAGGACCAUGUGAUAAGGUUGAAAAGAAGAUGACCCUUCAUAGCAUUUUCAAGCGAGUUUAACUUUAGUUUGUACUGACUGCUAGAUGCUCACAACAGUAUCUUAAACAACUCCGCUGCCAACAAAACUCAUUUUUACAUUAUUUUAUAUAUUUAUUUGUACUUCAACAUCUCGAAGGAAAGCUUUGGCGCACCGUUAACGGUGUUGUUGUGUGACCCUUGUCAAAAUGACAAUGGAAGGCUUGUUCGGUGUACAAUCUUGUGGUGGGACUUUUCUCUAGACCCUUGUCUUGUACUCUUGUGGGGAUGCCAAUGUCCAUUGGUUGCUUCUUUUUUACUCCUUCCGUCCCAAUUAUUCUUCAAUUUCACUCAUCAUCAUUAACCCAGUGCCGCAAAGGCUCUCACCUAUGAUGGUUUAAGGGGGUUGGAUGUACACAGUCUUACAUCUGUACUAAAGGAGAUUGUUUUCGAAUGACGCAUAGUGAAAAUCGCGUCCAAAAUGUAUGGACUGACUGUAGCUUUAUUUCAUCAUAUUUUUCAAUUUCACUAUUCCCUGAAAUUUGUAGUCAUAUUUGAAUUUUAUAUGAAAGAAUCGGAAUAAAUAUCAUCUCAACAACUUGAUGGUCAA